ACCUCACAAAACAAACAAUUAUAUUUUGAAACCGGGAUAACCGUAUCCCCAUUCACGAAUUAAAAUGUUAUCGUUAAGGCUACCUAUUCAUCUGCACAACACUCUUGUUCCUCGUCCAAAGCCUAAUCCUAAUUCUUCUUUUUGUUCCCAUUAUUAUUAUUAUUAUCCUUAUUCCCCUUCCCAAACACACCGUCUCAUCAUCCCCAAACGCGGCACUGCCACUGCUCCUCUGAACGUGGCAAUUCGAGAGUCGCCGGAGCCGCUUCCGGCAGAGUUAGUGCCGGAGCUGAUGCCAAAGCACGUGGCGGUGAUUAUGGACGGGAAUGGAAGGUGGGCGAAGCUGAGAGGGUUGUUACCGUCGGCGGGUCACCAAGAGGGGGUGCAAUCGUUGAGGAGGUUGGUGAGACUGUGUUGCAAUUGGGGGAUUAAGGUUCUGACGGUUUUCGCGUUCUCCACAGAUAACUGGGUUCGGCCCAAGGUGGAGGUUGACUUCUUGAUGCGGCUGUUUGAAAGAGCCAUAAAUUCAGAGAUUGAAGCUUUUAUCAGGGAAGGGAUUCGAAUAUCUGUGAUUGGCGAUUCAUCAAAGCUCCCCAAGUCUCUACUAAGAAUGAUAGCUAGUGUAGAAGAGAAAACAAAGCAUAAUACAGGACUCCAACUUAUAGUGGCAGUGAGCUACAGUGGGAAAUAUGAUGUUGUUCAAGCAUGUAAAAGUGUAGCCAAGAAAGUAAAAGAUGGGGUUAUUCAUUUGGAAGACAUCAAUGAAAGCAUUAUUGAACAGGAACUGGAAACUAAUUGCACUGAGUUUCCAUACCCUGAUCUACUAAUACGAACUAGUGGUGAACUUAGAGUGAGUAACUUCUUGUUAUGGCAAUUGGCAUACACAGAACUUUACUUUAAUCGAGAGCUUUGGCCAGAUUUUGGGAAGGAUGAGUUUGUAGACGCCUUGAGUUCAUUUCAACAGAGAAAAAGACGCUAUGGUGGAAGGCGUUCAUAAACAUAUACAUUCAAAUCAUAAGUAACAUAAAUAUUAGUAACUGGCUUGGUGCCGAUCAAUGGUUUAUAGGCAUAAGAAAGAAGCAUGCGAAAAUAGUUUUUUUUUCUUUUUUUAAAUCUUGGUCAGCAAAUUUGUUAACGGGCAUAUGUAGAAAAGAUAUAUGAUAUUGAAGGGUUAUUUUAUUCUUAUAUAUUUUUUAUAAUUUAUUUUUUCACUGUUGUUUUAUUGCACUUUUUUUUCAUUUCUCAUUUCUCAUUUAAUUAUACAUUUUUUUUUGGAAAAUAUGGUCAUUAGCGUCAAGGCACCAAGAGGAAAGUAGUUUCAGUGUUUUACGUCAUAUCUAAUGACUAAUGUCUGUUCGUCAACGGCCAAUUUUUAAAUGUAAUCUAUUAUAAAAUUUUC